AUGGCAUUUAAUUCUUGGUGGUCCUCGUCUUCUUCUGACGAAGAGGAGAUGUUUUUCGCAAACGUUGUGGUAAAGGCGGCGCAUAUUCUUUUGGAGGAAGAAGAGGAAGAGGAAGAGGAAGAUGGCUCGUCUGAAAACGUUAUUACCAGACGAAUACGGAUUAACAGAGACCGCCAAGGAGCGCACGAGAAAUUGGUGAACGAUUAUUUUUCGGAUGCACCCCUUUACAAUGCCGACAUUUUCAAACGAAGGUUCCGAAUGAGUCGCCGGUUAUUCACACGGAUUGCUGAUGAUUUGGUGGGGCUAGACCCGUUUUUCACGCAACGACCAGAUGCUCGGAAUUAUGAAGGGUUUACCACGUUACAAAAGUGUACUGCGGCCAUUCGCCAACUGGCGUACGGGACAGUGGCCGACGCUUUGGACAAGUACUUACAGAUGUCGGCAAGAACUUCGCGGGAAUGUUUGUAUCGGUUUGCCAUAAUGUGGUGA